AUGAACGCCCACGGGUCGGCGACGGUGAUGGAGGAAGGACGGGGUCGCGACACCCGCAUCGAGCCCUACCAGCAAGCCCAGAGCCUCCUCCAGCAAAUCUGGGCAUCUCCGCACUACCGCCGUCGAGCGCCGUCGCCAAUGUCCUACCCUCCCAUCUCCAGCAUCCCGCGCACCUCCCCCGAGCGCCUCGCCCUCGCCCCCGUCGACGACCCGUCCGCCACGGCCUCGACCAUCUUCUACCUCGCCUACGGCUCCAAUCUCUGCGCCGAGAUCUUCCUCGGCGUGCGCGGCAUCCGGCCCAUCAGCCAGAUCAACGUCUCGGCGCCGGCAUUCGACCUGACAUUCGACCUGCCCGGCCUGCCGUACCAAGAACCCUGCUUCGCCAACACCGCUCCGCGCAGGAUCCCCAAGCCGCCCCCCUUCGACCCGCCGAAGCUGCCGCCGUACACAGAUUAUGACGAUGAUGCCCCUUCGGUCGCUUUCCCCUCCCUCCCGGAUCCCGGCCCGACGUGGAAUAAGGGCCUGUUCGGCGUCGUGUACGAGGUGACGCCCGAGGACUACGCGACGAUCGUCAAGACCGAGGGCGGCGGCGCCAGCUACCACGACGUGCUGACGCCGUGCCUGGCUUUGCCGCCGGCAAUGCGCGUGCCCGAGAAGCCGCCCGUUCCGGAACUGCCGCGGCCAUUCCUAGCACACACCCUGUACGCGCCGCGCCUGCCGGAUCUGCCCGGCGACGACGAUGACGACGACGAUGGCAAAGACAGCCAUGACGAGAACACAGGGGAAAACGGAGAUAUAAUCAGGGACGACGGCGACGACGGCGACCACGACCCCCGCAAAAAGAAAUGGUUCCGCAAGCUCCUCCUGCCCGUCCGCCGCCCGGCCCCGUACUACGCGCAGCCCUCGCCGCGCUACCUGAAGCUGCUCCGCGACGGCGCCGCCGAGCACUACCUGCCGGACGACUACCAGGCGUACCUCGCAGCACUGCCAGCGUACACCAUCACUACGCAUCGGCAGGCCGUCGGCCGCUUCUUGUUCUCGCUAUUCGCCAUCCCCUUCAUCUUCGCGCUGAUACGUCUGCGCGGGCUGUUGAGCGACGGGAAUGGGAACGUGCCCCGCUGGUUCGUGGUCGUCAUGAACGUGGUGUUCAAUCUGAUGUGGAUGCUGUAUGAUUCUGUGUUUAAGCCUGUGUUUGGGGAUGGGGAAAGGACUUUGGAGGAGGACGAUGACGGCGGGGAUGAGGGUGGGAUAGGUCGUGGGGUUGGGGGAAUAGGGGCCGGAGGGAGUCGAUGGGGAAGCGAGAAAAGUGCUUUGCUUGGGGACUGGUAG